AUGUUGGGACAUCGAUUGCUGCAGGGCAUCGUGGCCCUCGCGGCUUCGGGUCUGAUGUCAGUCGUCAACUGCGAGGUCAAGGUGUCCGCGCUGAAGACGACUACUUUGGGGACGGAUCCUGAGGGCAGCGCGAGGUUGAACGGCAUGAGCUUCCAGCAGGAUGCAUUGACAACCUUUAACGGAUGGCAAUAUGUGGCCUACUACGAAUCGACCGGAACGUAUAACAAGCAAAAUGUGGCCCUUGGUCGCCGAAAUCUCAACGGCGGCGCGAGCCCUUCCGACUGGGAAGUGAUUCGAUUUACAGACUAUAGCCAGCAGACGCAGGACUCGCACAACACCAUCUCGAUGGGCAUCUCGAACGACGGCAAGAUCCACCUGAGCUACGAUCACCACGACGUCCCCCUCAACUAUCGCGUCAGCAACGAGGGCGUCGCGACUGACCCUCGGCCCAUGCGUGGAACGCGAAUCUCUUUGGAGCUACGAGGCAUGACUUGCCCGGCGGCGGAUCGGGGCCUUGGAGGCCGAUCCGGAUCGGGAGAUAGUUACUUGUACAAGUACUCUGGGGGUUCUUGGACCCCCAUAGGCAAGUACAUCCAGGGCAACAACAACAACGCGUACAUCAACGGGCUCGACUUCGCAAACGACACCCUCACCAUCACCUGGACGUGGCGCGAGACCCCCGACGUGGUGACGAACCACGACCUCGGCUACGCCUACAGCACCGACCUCGGGCGCACCUGGAACAACAACGCCGGGGUCUCCAUUGGCCCGACAAACAGCGGCAUCCUCAACCAGGAGGGCCAGACGGUCGACGCCGCCGGGCGCGUCCACGUCAUCAACCGAGAAACGGUAGGCGGAACCCUCACCUGGCUUCAUUACUGGCGCGGCGACGACGGCCGCUGGACCCGGAAUCCAAUCUCGCACUCCCUAGGGCCCCUCACGCAGACGGGUCGACGUGGCAAGCUCGCCGCCCACCCCACUACGGGCGACCUCUUUGCCAUACUCGCCGCCAACCAGGCGAGCAACGACGUGGCCGUGUACGUGGCUACUCGUGCGAGCGGAUACACUGACUGGAAGGAAGCCUGGCGCGCGGGCAGCUUUGACGUGGAGCCCCUGUUCGAUAGAGCGCUGUGGAGGGGUCAGGGAGGAUACCCGGACAGGAAGGUGGCGGUGGUUGAUCUCGAGGUGCAGGUCUAG